GCGGAUAUUGUGAAUGAAGGUUCCAGGGAGAGAGGAUAUAGUGAAUUCAGGGUCCGGGGAGAGAGGAUAUAGUGAAUGCAGGGUCCGGGGAGAAUGAAUAUAGUGAACGCGGGGUCCGGGAAGACUGCAUUUAGUGAAUGCAGGGUCCGGGGAGAGCAGAUAUAGUGAAUGCAGGGGUCUGGGGAGACCAGAUAUAGUGAAUGCAGGGUCUGGGGAGAACGAAUAUAGUGAAUGCAGGGUCCGGGGAGAGAGAGGAUAUAGUGAAUACAGGGUCCGGGGAGCCAGAUAUAGUGAAUGCAGGGUCCGGGGAGACCAGAUAUAGUGAAUGCCGGGUCUGGGGA